AAAAUAUGGCAAGUGCCAAAAAAUGGCCAAACCUUUAUUUAGUGAGUCUCGGGAGGAUACAGAGCGAACGCUCUCCCCUCCUCCGCCAUGUGAUGACGGACAGACUGUAUCACCGGAGCGAUGCUUGAAGUCACUCUCAUCAGCAACAAAGCGAAGCAACAGCAGCAGCAGCAGCAGCACUGACGUAAACCAUCCACCACAUCACCGGAACCAUACGGACCAGGACCGACACCAUAUCGUCUCUUCCGAAGGACGUAUAGGAUGAAAACGGAGCGCUGAGAGAGACUUGGGAUCGUGAUGAUGCUCGGACUCCAAUUCACGGCAACAUUUGAAAUGCGCGUUAAAUGGAGACUCAUGACAAGAGAUGCUGCAGGGUGCCGCAUUGCCUGGCCGCUUGAUGAUGGUAGGAUAGAGCAGCGCUUUUAACCGUGAUGCUCGUUCUUAGAUGCUUUUGGGGUGGGAUGGAAUGAAUGAACGGAUUUUGUGGUCGAGUCAAUGCCUCAGAUUUGAUCAUACGCAAACUAAGACGAUUUCAGCCUGCUUAAGCCAUAGACAUAUACAAUCGAUGAGCACGACCAGAUGAAUGUAUGUGAAUUAAAAAAAAAAAAAAAAAAAAAAACCCACGAUACAGGUGAACUCAUAAGGUGAACUAACGGUGUCAUAGCUUACACUCAGGACCAUCUCCAAAGUCAGGGUUUAUUUGAAAGCACUGCAGUGACAGGGCUCUUUAUGAUUGGCAUUUUCAUAAUCAAUUACAUAGAGCAUAUUUAGUGUAGUAUAUACAGUAUAGUCAGCCUUGGUCCAUUGCAAAGACAAUGACUCAUUUACAGGCAGGCCUGUCUCCAGAAACCCUGGAGAAAGCCAAGGUGGAGUUAAAGGAGAACCCCGACACUUUGCAUCAGGACAUACAGGAGGUGAGGGACAUGAUCAUCACCCGUCCAGACAUUGGCUUUCUCAGGACAGACGAUGCUUUCAUCCUGCGCUUUCUCAGAGCCCGGAAAUUUAACCAUUUCGAGGCCUUCCGCCUCCUGGCCCAGUACUUUGAGUACCGGCAACAGAACCUAGAUAUGUUCAAGAACCUGAAGGCCACCGAUCCCGGGAUCAAGCAGGCUCUGAAGGAUGGAUUUCCUGGGGUUCUGUCCAAUUUGGAUAGAUACGGGAGGAAGAUUCUGGUUCUGUUCGCAGCGAACUGGGAUCAGAGCAGGUACACUUUUGUGGAUAUUCUGCGGGCUAUUUUACUUUCUCUGGAGGCAAUGAUAGAAGACCCUGAGCUACAAGUAAAUGGAUUUGUCUUGAUCAUUGACUGGAGUAACUUCACUUUCAAGCAAGCUUCCAAGCUAACUCCAAGCAUGCUGAGAUUGGCAAUCGAGGGCCUGCAGGAUAGCUUCCCAGCUAGAUUCGGAGGGAUUCAUUUUGUCAACCAACCUUGGUACAUCCACGCUCUGUACACAGUCAUCCGGCCUUUCCUCAAGGACAAAACAAGAAAAAGGAUUUUCAUGCAUGGAAACAAUCUGAACAGCUUGCACCAGCUGAUCUUGCCUGAGAUUCUGCCAUCUGAGCUGGGUGGGAUGUUGCCUCCUUACGAUAUGGGCACCUGGGCCAGGACGUUGCUUGACCACGCAUAUGACGAGGAGACGGACUACUGCCCUGAAUCCUAUACCUUGUCUGUCAAAGACCUGGAGAAAGAUCUGUCCCCCAAAACCAUGAAAAGGUCCCAGUCUGUAGUGGAGCCGGGUGUCCUGAAACGACCAGAAAAAGUGAAAAGUGAAGAAGAGAACAUGCAGCCGCUGCUUUCGCUGGACUAAAGGCUCUUAAUUCCCCAGGCAACGAGGAAACGUCAAGCUCCAUAUGCUGGGGAGGAGUGCACCUUGUUCCUAUAAUGCCAGAAAAAAAAUGUACAAAGAAAAGGAAAUGUUAAGAAGCAAAAGAACACACAAACAGCCUCCAGGAACACUGUAGAGCUGCCAGUUAAAGUGAUAUUUUUGAAGCAAAGAGCUAACGGCGGACGUCCGUAUGUAAUUGUCAAGUGCCAAUUCAAAUCUGUAAAUACACUUCAGUUCUAGACGUGAGAUUGAGGGAGUAAUUGUGACAUGAACCUGUAAAGACUGCUGUGAAUAUCCUGUGUGUGCUUCUCGUGGUUAUUAUGUAGAACAUGGUAAUGUAGGAUGGGUAAUCAUGCUUAUAAAGAUUCACAAGCUUUGGGGUUUCCAAUAUUUAUAAUGGUGCAUUAAAGUCCUCUUGGAAAGUUUGUGUUCAAGAGUCAGAUGUGAUCAAGUCACUUUCAUCAGAGCAAGAUGGCACUGUACCUAUUUAACUACACAAAUAUACAGUAAGGUUGUUGUUUUUUUACAUAAAGUCGUAAAUACGAUUGAUUUUCUUUGAGCCCCGAGUUUACGAGUUGGGGGUGUGUCAGUUGGAAACGUGGCUGAAUACCACAAUACUUAGGCUUAUAGGUAUUUAGCAGUGAUGUUGUCAGGCUUUUUAUUUACAACGAACAAAAUAAGCUAACAUUUUCUAGACGUAGAGUUUAAAAACCUUGCUGUAUUUUUGUGUAGUUAAUUAAGAGAAGGUACACUGCCAUCUUGGUCCGACAAAAGUGACUUGAACGCACCUGACGUUGCGAAUUCCCAACUCGUAAAUACAAACUUCCAGGUGGACUUGAACGCACCAUAAUACCCAAAUCAAGAGUCGCUCAGGAGUAUUUCGAAAGGAAAGCAUAGAGAUGUUGACAGCGUCAGACAGACAUAUGCUACUUCCAUUAAAGGAAACACCAUCUUUCGUCCAGGUUUCAGUGUUUCACAGCAAAUACCCCUUUACGGAUUUUUCUAACAAGUGUUUGCUAACAUUAUUUUACCACAACUUAAGCUGUGUUAUCGAUUUAGUAUUCUUAUAUCCCAGAGGGGUCGAGUCACAUUUAGUAGGCUAGCUGAUUCUUCACUGAUGGCCUUGUUGUUUACACUAUGUCGUAGAUCCGUGGAAUAUUGCUUUAUUUCGUAACCAUUUCCAUGUUGAGUUGUUUCCCAAGGCAUCUGUAUUCAUACCAAGGACAACAAAGUGCUGUCUUUGCCAUCUUUCCAACUUCAGAGUCAUUGGUUCUGAAGUUAAAGGAAUAGCGCACCCAAAAAUGAGUAUUCUCUGUUAAUUCACUUACCCUUAUGUCAUUCCAAAUCAGUAUUUGAAUCAAGAUUUGCCGACAUACGAGUUUGGAACAACACAAGGGUGAGUAAACAAAGACUAAAUGGCUGAACUAUCCCUUUUCAAGUAUUAAUUAAGACUACAUCUACACUAAUCGAAAUACAUUUAAAAAAGGUGUUUUCGUUUAAAAACGCUCUCCGUCCACACUAGCGUUUUCAAGUGUUUUCCAAAAACACAGCAUUUUCAUCCACACUAAAACGCUUGGGUACCUGUACUGCGCAUGAGUAAGAUGCUUCGACAUCCAUCAGGUGAUUAUUUACAUUCCACGUCUUUUAAACGUUGUGGCAAUUUGAAGAAAUGUGAUCUGGAGUAUGUUCAAAUUGACAUUAAUCUUUAACAACGCUAUCAAACUAGAGAGCAGCCAAAACAACUGCGGUACAACGUCACCAUCUUGCUUUGGGCUGAAUGGGUCACAUGACCGAAAAUGCAUCAUCGUUUUCGAAAACCUCCGUUUUCACCGUCCACACUACAACGCAAAAACGCCUUUUUCAAAUUAUAAUAAAAAGCUUAGUCUCAGGAGCUGUUUACACGAUACUGCUUUUAACUAAAAACGGAACAUUUUUUAUGCAUUUCGGCAGUUUGUUUUUCACGACAAUGGCAUUCUGGGGGACUGAAAACGCAAAUUUUGAAAACAGGAUACAAAGUGCAAGUUUAUGAAAACGAUACCGUUAUCGUCUAUAGUCUUUCUUUACAAAGUGACAUCGCCAACUACUGGCCUGGCAGCAUAAGCAUUUUUAGUCAUUUUCGUGGAUCCGUUUAAACGAGAAUCGUUUUGACAACGUUGUCGUCUGUACGCGAAAAACGUACAUCGUUGUCAUGUACACGUGCCCUCAGUAUGGACGGAAGGCCAAAACGGAGAGAAAAGGAUGUGUUUUCAAAUGAAAACAUAAUAGUGUGGACAAAGCCUAAAUUUCUUUAGCAUUACAAAACCAAAUUUAAACUGUAACACUAACACAGCGGUUUACACAGAGCCAUAAACAAGGCGUUGUACAGUGACACAUGCUAAUGCAUGCUUCCACAUGGUUAUCAUGGUAUGGUCAGCUUAUGGUUUAGAUUGUGUGAAAAUAGUUUAUUCUAAAUUACUCAGCUGUUUUAUGGAAUGCUGUGUCGUCAUUAGUCUUCUUGGCAAAAGGAUUUUGCAGCGGUUUAGUUUCAAGCCUGAACGAGUGAAUUUGGGCUAAACACAGAUCAUGUCACCAUUUGAUUUCAGGGAUUUCUUUCUUUGUGCGUAUGUGUAAGGAACAAGGGCAAUAUACAUUUACAGUGUACAUUUAAAAUAUGAAGUACAUAAAAAUCUUCCAGGCUUGAGAUUUGCUGAGAUUUCCAUGGGAGCAAAUAAUUACACAUCCUCACUGAUUUUGAGUGAAUGAUACUUCCCGGACAAAAUAUACAAUAUAAUCAAAACCUCUAAAUAGCUAAACAGUCAAAUUUAGAAGUACUGUGGAUAUCUUACUAUUUUGUGUGGUAUAAAAUGUAAAAUUCUGUGGGCACAGCUUCUGUACAGUGGCUCAGUUUGGUCCUGUUUUUAUUUUCUUAUUUCAUGACAAUCCACAAGUAUUCAUAUGUAGUGUUUAUACAUACAUUUUGUACAUUUGGAUAUAUGCUGAAACAUACAAUAUAGAUGCAUUGACAGCAUCUAAAACAUAAUCAUAUAUAUAUAUAUAUAUAUAUAUAUAUAUAUAUAUAUAUAUAUAUAUAUAUAUAUAUAUAUAUAUAUAUAUAUAUAUAUAUAUAUAUAUCAGCGCAGCUUUAGAAACAUAAAAAAUCUUUAUGAAUACUUAAUAUUGUAUUAUAUAUAAUUUUGAUUAAACCAUCAAAAUAUUUUAAAUAUGCGGGAAGCUCAAAACACUAUAAGGUAUAUUUCUGAUAUUACAUCUAUUUGCAAAAAAAAAAAAAAAAAAGGCAAACUACAGCUACAUGUUUUAUUUUACUAUGUACAAAUUCACAGGAAAAAACAUACAUUGACUACAACAAAUUAUUAAUAUUUAUUAAUCAAGUUUUGGAAUAAGCAAUAUUUUCAUUGUUUCAAUUUUCAUUUUUGCAUGUUUCAUUGCGCUUAUCUUAAUUGACUAUAUGUGUGUGUGUGUGUGUAUACAUACAUACAUACAUACAUAUAUGUGUGUGUGUGUGUGUGCGUGCAAUUUUAGUCAUACUAUACCAUUAUAUACUUAUUUGUAAUGUUAUGAUGUCAUGGAUUAAAUACAAUACAAUCAGCCUCUUAAUUCCAUUAAUUAUUCAUAAACAUCUUUACAGUUGUUUAUACUGUACAUAAGCCUAGUUAUAUUUUAAAUGCUGUUAAUACAUCGUGUAUGUUUCAGUGUUUAUACAAACAAAAGAAAAAACAUUGAUAUUUUUUCCAUCUGCAGCUUUGGACACUAAGUCUGUACCACUUAAAUCUAUACCAGACUUUCCAACAAGCAGGCUAACAGUCCAGAUUAUGACUUUUUAUAUUUUGCUGACAACUUGUGUUAAGGAAAGUGAUCUCCAGUUUUUAUUUGCUAAAAUUAAAGUCUGCCCACUGUCAUGACUCACUGGGUUUCUAACAUCUCGAGGAGCAAAAAUUCUUUCUAAACACCUUGCUGUUUCAUCCUGAACAGAAACAAAAAGCUGACAAUUGGCUGUUUUUAAUCUGAAUGUAUUUCCCAGAGAGUGAUGUCAUACUACUUUGGGUUCAGAGAAUGCCGUUAUGUAUAGUCAUUAUUACAUUUCCUGAAUCAUGGGAGGAUGUUCAGACAUAGUGAGCAGAAAGGAAUCAAACGAUGGUGUAAAUUGUUUCAGUAUAUAUUUAGUGGAGCUGUGUUAAUGCCAUGAUCAGUAUUUUAAUACACCUUGAAUUUAUUUGUAUUCCUGUAUAUGUUUUUGGUCAUGCUGCAUUAUGAACAGCCUUGUUUGUAUUUUAGGCAAUCGGAAUGUUGAUCAAAUUGUCUCCAUUUUUCUAGCCUUGCUUUCUAUGGAUACGUACAUGUAUUGCCAUUACAACCAAAGCAACCCUGGGUCAAGGAAAACGACAAUUAUUCCCUGCUUUUCUAAAGACUACAGGAACAAUGCAUUCGGUAUUUCUUUGAUUGUUGACUUAUCUUUUCCAUAUCACUUUGAUUGUAUAAUAGGGUGUUAGUGCUGAGAAGCCCAUGCAGUAUAGAGGUAUUAUCAUGCAGAACACUACAUGUGGUUUAAAGGAACCUGUUGAAUGGAAGUAAAUAUGUGUAUAUGUCCUUUCAAAAUGCUGAGAUAAAUUAUGUAACUGAAACUAAACUGCGAAAGGAAAAAAAGCAGCCAAUAAAUAUUGAUAUACAUAGUUUAAACCUUA